AUGCAGGAGGAAGAAACAUACACCUCUCUUCAGUGGGAUGAUCCAACACCAAGCCCUUACCAGAAACAUCUGUCUUCCACCAAAUAUUCAGGAGCAUGGUGUCUGGUGAUGGUGAUUUCAUGUAUUCUCUGCGUGGGCUCAGUAACAACCUCUGUUUUCUUGGGGAUCAAGUUGUUCCAGGUAUCCACUAUUGCAAUGAAGCAGCAAGAAAAACUCAUCCAUCAGGACAGAGCACUGUUGAAUUUCACACAAUGGAAGAGAAACCGUAACCUUCAGAUGAAAUAUUGCCAAACCUUGAUGCAAAACUCUUUCAGUUUAGCCCAUAACUGCAACCCUUGUCCAGACAACUGGAUUCAGAAUGGAGGAAGUUGUUACCGUGUCUUUGAAAACUGGAAAUCUUGGCACACCAGUAAAGAGGACUGUUUGAAGGAGGGUUCUAAUCUUCUACAAAUAGACAGCAAAGAAGAAAUGGACUUUAUCACUGGCAGCCUGAGGACGGUCAAAAGAGGCUAUGAUUACUGGGUGGGGCUGUCUCAGGAUGGACUCAGCAGAGCUUGGCUUUGGGAGGAUGGCUCCUCUCCUUCCCCUGACCUAUCACCAAUACAGACACUCCAAUCAACUGACCAGCUCUGUGGAUAUUUCAAGGUCAAGUUCCUUUCUUCUGCUAACUGCAGCAUUUGGAAAUAUUUUAUCUGUGAGAAGUAUGCAUUAAGAUCCUCUAUCUGA